CCAUUUCUACAUUUCUUCGAAAUGCCUCCUUUGAGCAACAUUUCGUAUUCGCAGGAAGAAACAAUCACAGCGAUCCGAUCCUACUAUGAGUUCCUGACGACGUUGUAUCUACCGAACUCCGCCAUCAUUGAGCCACCUCCAGAUGGCUGGCCAAACAUCACACACUCACGUAUGGAACCAAUGGGGAAAAACCACCGAGUAAUCGAACUCCUCCGCCACCUCCCCUACAUCGAAGAGCCGAAAGACGACACUGAUAGAAAACAAGCUGCCCCAUAUACCUACAUGGCCGACUAUCAGGACUCGAGCUUAGACUACUAUCUGCGCUCGGGAAAGGGCAAUGAUCUCAAGAUUAUCACUGAAGGUGCCGCUGCAUAUGAGAAUACGUCUGCGCACGUGGUAGGCCUGACGAUUGGUGGUCGAGAUAGCCCCUUCUAUCUGCUCGAUACAAAACUGGGAGUAGUGCACUGGGCUGAAUGCCCCCGCGGUCCCCGUCAGCAUCCAUGGCGCGAACCAGUCACAGAUGACGUGGAGAGUUUUGCCCCGCUUGAGGAGGUUGAGUGGCGGAGCGAGGCGCCGGCGUGGGCGAUCAAAGACUUUUUUGAAGUGUUGAAGGAGGAGUUCAGAGCGCUGAGAUUUGUCCCGCUCGAUGAACAGACCGUGUUGGAUGUGUAUACCAUACCCUCUUCUCAGACUGAGGGAUUGGUACCGUUGCUGCAAAAUAUUUUCAGGGAGCAUGGGUGGCCGGAUUCACGGGUAUUCAGAAGGGAAGCUUGUUUGGAAGCUGUGAGAAAGGCGUUGGAGGAAAAUUAUCCAGAGUAUGCGAGUUAA